AUUUUAUCAGCUACUGACAUGUGUACGCCUUAUCUUUGUUUAAUUUACUUUCUAGACGUCACGCUGCCUCUAGUUCCACAAUGGUAUCUAUGUAUUGAUUGCUGACAAUGUCAUUAGGGUAUAUACAUACUUGCUGUGGAAGACACGUUAUCACCUUUGUUCUGCCUCCUUCAUUCAACCGCAGCUGUGUACUGCAUCCAACCUGAACAAGUGACUUCAGCGAUGUCAAGUAGCGACGACGAGCCCCAUCUACUCGUUGAGAAGUGUGGUUCUUCGCGAGGAAGACCAAUCUACGUGAUUACGAAGUACACGCCCGACAGAUACCAUAGCCGGACAAGAGAAAUAAGGUGUAUGGACCUGGGGCCAGAAGCUCUAGGUUCCUACAGGGCGCGACAAGGAGGUUGCACUCAAAUACAGUUCUUCAAUGAAUCUUCUGGUGUUCUCAAAUGCACAAAUGCUGAUUGUGGCAUGGAGUUCUCUAAGACAAGCCUUCGAGACAACCCCUACAUCGAGGUUCGGGGAUUACCUUACUGAAGUCCUUUCUUGCGGCAAUAUGUCAGUCGCAUGUUAAGUAAUCGUCAUUGUUGCUCCUUGCCUAGAUAG